CUUCGACUUCGUUAUGUGAUAAUUUACACUCAGUUGUUCUCUGUCUGUGUCUGCUGCCAGCCACCUUUCGAUCGUUUCGGGCAACGAUUUUUGCAGGAUUUUUGAAAUAUUACUUUUGGCUCUCCCAUAAAAAUAACCAUGGAAAAAGAUCACAUUGACGAGAUCGUGGUUGAACCAGAUACCGGUGAAUGGGGCUAUCGUCUUGAAGAUAUAGACGACAGUGAUGUUGACGAUGACGAUGGCGAUCUUAUUACCGAGCAACACAUUACUGUUUAUAACAAAGCAGCAAUUACUCGUAUACGCGACGAUCUAGUGAUUGAAGACGUUUCGCCUUUUGAAUGUUUAUCUGUCACUACCAAAGAGCCAGUCAAGAUCCGCGAUGUGUUUGACGAUCUGACACGCGAACAAGCAUUCUAUGAUCAAGCACUUGAGGCGGCAAGGACAGUCAAAAAACAAGCAGAGGAACAUGACGCACCGUUUUUACCCCCAAGCACGGACGAUAGUGUCACACUCAAGGCUGCACGACAAACUAGAAAUGUGGCAGCAGCAAAAAAGUCUUUAAAGAAGAUCAAGACGGAUCAAGAAAUGGAACAUACCGAACAGUUGGUUGACAAGGCAAAAUUAUUCAGUAGAAAACGAAAAGACAAAAGCAGUGGUUUGGAAGGAUUUACACUCGAUGAUGACUUUGAUAUGGAUAUGGACGAUUUAGAUGAUGAUCAACAGCCAUCCAAGAAGAAGUGGAAAGCUAAUUCACCCAAUAUGAAGCUUAAUCGAAGAAUGAAUAGCAACAAUGGCAAAAAGCCACUCUCUGCUAUGAAAUCAAAAAAGAAAGCAUCCGGUCGACCUGGUAAAGCAAGACGCCAUGCCCAAAGAACCCGUCGCUAAGUCUUGGUUCAACUUAACACAAAGAUAUCUAUUCCGCCUUACUACAUCCCUCUCACAAUAAUUCGCUGCCCAAUUUCAAUAUUUUUCUCCCUCCCUCUCUCUCACAUUUUUUUGUAUACUCUGCACUCUUAUUUUCCUUGCAUCUUCUUAUUGUCUUUAGGAUCUGAAAAGCAACAAUAUAUACACAUCAGCAUGUAGUGGUAUUUUCUAUCCAUUUUACUGUAGCCGAUAUGUUUACAAUCUGCAUCAUCAUUUUUGUCAUCUUCGGUGCUCUUCCCUCGGCUCCGUCAGGCACACACAUCGUGCAACCAGAAAUAUACAGCGUAACCCAUCCUAAACGUGCG